CAAACCCCCUAUUUUUUGGCCUCUCUGAGAUUUUCACACUCUUCUCUUCUCAAGCUCCGUAUUUUUUUCUCAAUAGUUGAUAUAGAUCCGUUAUUCCAUCGAUUGAGAUUGAUAGAUUUGGUGGAGAAUGACGACGAUAGGAGGAUUGUUAAUGGGGAUUGGAAGAUCAUUCAGAAGAAAGAGAUCUUCUUCUCUUGACAUUCUCUCUCCCAAAAGAGCUCCAAGAGACUUUUACAAGGGCAAAAACUGCAAACCUACUGGUUUCCACACGAGAAAAGGAGGAUAUGUUGUGCAGCCAGAUAAGUUGCCGAAUUACGUAGUCCCUGAUCUCACCGGCUUUAAGCUGAAACCAUAUGUAUCUCAAUGCCCGAUACAAGUCAACACAAACGAGUCAACUGAAGCUUCCAAGUGAAAAAUAGUCAGUCAGAAGAUAUAUAUGUUUUUAAGUCUUCUUCAUAAAGCUUUAAGUUAUGAUUAUGUUCUUCUAUUGUCCGUAAUCCUUAUGUGCUAUUCUUAAAAUGGGAGAUUUGGUUUGAUAUUUUCACGAAACGAUAUGCAAAGUAAUUGGUAACAUGUUUAUGCAGUGGAAUAUAUAUUCACUUGAUAAAUUGGAUGUUCACAUAGUAAAAUAGCUUGAUACAAGAAAACAUUAUGCGUUAUGCAAUACUUAGCAAAAU